UGCGGAGAAGAUGGGUGGCCCAACGUCAAGGUCCCUGCUCUUCCUCCUCAUCCAUGGCAUCUGUUUGGCCAGCAUGAGCACCACCGACAUUCCUGCAGAAAGUGAGACAGAAGCCCCAUUUCUGAGCGUCUUUCCCCGACUGCCCAGCUGGAGAGCGACACUGCCUCCCACUGCCUCCCAGCUGGUCUCACGUGUCAAUGGCUCCGUGGACAAUCACGGGAUAUGCCAAUGCUCUGUGUUCCUGCCGGAAGAAGACGCUUUCCCUGCCCAGCGGGUGGAGGCCCUCGAAGGGCUGGCACGGUCGCUCUCUGAGAGGUUCAACAAGGAGCUUUCCAAGGUGACCGAGUAUAUGAAGAUUGUCGAUGUCUAUGGCCAUAAGCUCUUCAACCUCACCCAACGGGUGGAGGAGAUGCACAAGAGCCAAACCUCCUACACGGAGCUGGAUUUUGAGGUCCUGAAGCUGGAGAUCCAGGAGAUGGAGGGCCUAGUGGUCCAGUUGAAGGCCUCCAUGGGAGAGAGCAAUGUGGUGGUCCAACAGCUCUAUGUGGAGAUUAAGAACAUGAGCCUGAUGGUGUCUCAUCUGGAGAACCUGGACAAGAACAAUGUCCUGGCCAUCCGACGGGAGAUCCUGGCCCUGAAGCAACGGCUGAAGGAAUGUGAAGAGCCAAGCUCUGGUCAUCUGGUUCCACCAGGCUUCUGCAACCACAGUGGCCUUGUGAACAUCAGCAAGCCACACCUCCACAGCUGGAACUGGAGAGGGUCUACCUACCCGUAUGGUGUCUGGGGCAAAGGCUACUCCCCAGGCAGCCCUACAAGUGAAGCCUAUUGGGUGGCCCCAAUGAGUAAUGAAAGGAACAUGCAAACAAUUGAUCUUUACUCAUCCUAUGAAAACCUAUUAUUUUAUAGAGCAUCUAAGAGACUUAGUCUAUCUGGGCAAGGAAGUGGAGCAACAGUAUACAAGAAUUUUCUGUACUUUAAUUACUACAACACCAAUCAGAUGUAUAAAUUAGAGUUGAACUCUGGCUCUGUGGUUUUGAAAAGCACGAUCACAGGCGCUGUCUACAACAACCGCUUUUCUUAUGCAGGGACGGCUUGGCAAGAUAUAGUCUUGGUUGUGGAUGAAAGUGGGUUGUGGGCCAUUUAUUCCACAGAGGCAAACACAGGGAACAUCGUGAUUAGCAAGAUAAACGAGGACACCCUCCAGUUGCAGAAGACCUGGUUCACACGGCAGUACAAGCCAUCUGUGACAAGUGCCUUCAUCAUUUGCGGAGUCCUGUACGUUACUCGGUCUCUGAACACGCAGCAAGAGGAGAUCUUCUAUACAUUUGACACAAACACGGGGAAGGAGGGCCGGGUUAGCGUAGUGCUGGAGAAGCCUUUUGGUACAGUGCGGGGCGUUGACUACCACCCAACAGACCACAAACUGUACCUGUACAAUGAUGGCUUCUUGGUUUCUUACAAUCUGGUGUUCUAGCUAGCCUCUCCAUGAAGGAAACACUACAAUUCUAUGAUUCUUAGCUUCCCUUUCUGAAAUGUCUUUCUCUUUGCAAUCUUCUCUGCUGACCAAUCAUGUCCAUUAUUACAAUUAAAAAAAAACAAGUGAA